UUUCAAUGUACCUUACAUCACUACUUUAUAUCAAUUAUUGUAGAAGGUCUUAUUUUUCGGUUGGAGAGACAAUAUUAUAAAUAAUGGCUGAACCGAUUCGUGUUGUUGUUACCGGUGCUGCUGGCCAAAUAGCUUAUUCCUUGCUAUACAUGAUCGCAAGAGGAGAAGUUUUUGGAAAGGAUCAACCGCUUAUUUUGCAUCUCCUGGAUAUUCCGCCAAUGGUGGGAGUCCUGGAAGGUGUUGUAAUGGAACUUUCCGAUUGCGCAUUGCCUCUAUUGCGCAAAGUUGUGCCUACAACGGACCCACUAGUAGGAUUCAAAGAUGUUUCGGCAGCUUUUCUUGUGGGUGCUAUGCCCCGCAAGGAGGGAAUGGAACGCAAAGAUUUGCUAUCCGCUAACGUAAAAAUAUUCAAAGUACAAGGCGAAGCUCUUGACAAAGUGGCGAAAAAAGAUGUUAAGGUUCUUGUAGUUGGAAAUCCGGCGAAUACCAAUGCGUUAGUUUGUGCCAACUACGCACCAUCGAUUCCACGUGAAAACUUCUCAGCCAUGACUCGCCUUGACCAAAAUCGUGCAUCAUCACAGAUCGCAAAUAAGCUCGGUGUUCCAAUUACUCAUGUUAGUAAUAUAAUAAUUUGGGGUAAUCACUCCUCUACGCAAUACCCAGAUGCUAGCCAAGGAAAAGUCCUGAUAAACAAUGAAUGGAAAUCUAUCGUUGAUGCACUUGGCGACAAUGCCUAUCUCGAAGGCCAAUUUAUUGACACCGUUCAGAAACGUGGCGCAGCUGUUAUUGCAGCCCGCAAAAUGUCGUCAGCCAUGUCGGCAGCAAAGGCUGCAUGCGACCAUAUGCAUGACUGGUGGAAUGGCACAGCCCCAGGAAAAUUUGUAUCCAUGGGUGUGUUUUCAGAUGGCAGCUAUAACUCGCCGAAGGACGUGGUGUUCUCAUUUCCAGUAGAGAUCAAAAACAAGCAAUGGAAAAUAGUUGAAAACUUAUCCGUUAGUAGUUUUGGACAGACAAAGCUGGACUUGACUGCAAAGGAAUUGCAGGAGGAAAAAAAUGAAGCAUUGUCCGUAUUGGAUUCGAAUUGACUAGCCGGCGGAGGGGACUCAAAAUUGUAAGGAGCUUCUGAGCCAAUUGCAUAUUUUGUGUUUGUUUGACAGCUAUUUUACGUGUUAUGCAUUUAUAAAAUGUUUAUA